UCUGACUCUGUUUGUGGUGUUGAAACUGGUGAAUAACUGCAGUAUAAAGUUGAAUUCAUUUAAAUAUUACCACAGAGAGUGGUGAAAUAAGUAAAUGUCAUAGAAACUAGGGUAGAAUAAAACGUUAGUUCAAUUAAGAUAUUGACGUUGGAUUUUAUUUUUUAGAUAACGUCUACUUCGUUUUGGUUCACUUUAAGUUUUUAAGUAAUACUUCAAUUUAAGUGACGAGUGACUUAGGGCUGUGCAAUGAGUGAAGACGAGGAUGAUCCUGGUUUGCCUAACCUUGAAGCUCAGGGCAGUAGGCCUACAGUAGGCUCUGCGGAAACGCAAGAUGGAGGUAGUACCAGUGGGACUUCUGGGCUUUUGUUUAAUAUUAAAAAUAAGACGCCAAUUUGGAAAUAUUUCCAUAAGGAUGACAAGGAUUCCAGUAAGGCUAUUUGCAACAUAUGCCAAGCCAGAAUAGGCAUAAAGACGGGCAGUACAACAAGCCUACAGAGGCACUUGAUUGCAAAACACAAAAACCAGGCAGAUAAUUUUAAAAAAGAACAAUCAAAAAAGGACGAAUUGUCGAAGCAAAAAAAGACGAAAAAGGAUGACAAAAAACAGCAAACCUUAGGGCAAUGCCUGGACAUGCAAACGACUUGGCCAUCUGACCAUCCUAAGGCAAAAUCAUUAACAAACAAGAUAGGUAUAUGGAUGGCCAAGAAUCUCCACCCAUAUUCCCUGGUAGAGGAGGAAGGGCUUGUUGAUGUGCUUAAGGAAGCCUCUCCGAAAUAUAAACUGCCUUCCAGAAAUACUUUUUCAAGAAGGGUAAUACCCGAACUUUAUGAAACGACCAGGCUAAAUAUUUCUAAAGAAAUCGAAAAUGAUCUCACCAAUGUCAUGUCACUAAGUUUUACAGCAGAUUUAUGGACAUCAAGAAGUAACGAUCCCUUUAUUGCCGUAACCCUCCAUUACGUGUCAAACGAAUUCAAGAUGAAACGUUUUUGUCUAGGUAAUGAAUAUCUGCCCGGUGAGCACGAUGGUCCUAAGCUCGCAGAGAAAAUCAAACAGAUUGCAGCCGAGUGGGGGAUCCAGGAUGACACAGUUCCCAUAUUUUCAGUAACAGACAAUGCUGCAAAUAUGGUGGCAGCCAUGAGACUCCUGCCAUGGACACAUAUAACAUGUUUUGCGCACACACUACAACUGGCACUAAAAGACGCAAAGAAAAAUACUACUGGAAUGAUGAGUAUGCUGUCUGCAGCCAGGUCUAUAGUAGGCCAUUACAAGAGAAGUUCAUCGGCCCAACAAAGACUUCAUUCCUAUCAAAAAAAUCUAGGCAAGAAAGAAGUCGAGUUAGUUCAAGAUUGCGAAACUCGUUGGAACUCGGAGUACCAGAUGCUCAGUCGUCUGGUACAACAAAAAGAGGCCAUUUCUGGUGAAUUGAUAUCGUCAAGGAGUAACAUUAACAACCUGUCCAUGACCGAGUGGAAGAUGGCUGAGGAGUACAUAGACAUACUAUGCCCUCUAGACGAGGCAACUACUAAAGCGUCAGCCAGCAAGUUGCCGACUAUGUCUAUGGUUUAUCCAUUGGUAUCAACGAUAGAAGACAUCUUGGAGAAAAGAUUGCGGGAAAAGAAACCUGGUGCAACCUUUUGUAGGAAUUUACUGUUAUCCAUGAAGACUAGGUUUUCCCAUGUAAAAUCAGAUAACCUCUACAAAGCGUGUAUGGCAGUUGAUCCCCAUUUUAAAUGUGUUUUGCUCAAACCACAUGAGAAAUCACUUUUGAAAGAUAGGUUUGUGAGUGAAGCCAUAUCUUCCUAUGAAAAGCAGACAAAGACGACAGAGGUUCAACAGAGUCAAACACCGGAAAUAGACAAACCUGGGAGCAGUAAUGUCACUGAUUUUUGGAAGAACUUUGAAAUCCUAGCAUCAAGUCAAUCAAGUUCAACAGUAGUCGAAGAGACUGAGACUGCAAUGGAUCAUUCGCUGUGUUUGUCUGAACUUGAUGUUUUUUUCAACGGACCAAGGAUCUCCCCACAAGAAGACACUCUUGAGUGGUGGAAGAACAACCAGCAUAAAUACCACUAUAUUGCACCCUUGGCUAGAAAGUACCUAGGAAUCCCAGCUACGGAGGUGGAGAGUGAGAGGGUGUUCUCCUCUGCAGGGAACGUUGUCAAUGUAAGAAGGGAGUCCCUGACAGUUGAACAUGUAAAGGAACUUGUGUUCUUACAUCAAAAUCUAAAAUAA